AUGGCUCAAAGCAAGAGGGCUAUUCAUGAUUCAGUUAGCAAAAUAAGAAAACAGGUCCCGGGUAACAUCCUUGCAACUGCUGGUAGUGCCUGCGUUCUAGAAUGGCCUUGGAAAAUCGAUCAUGCUUCUUCGCUCGACAGAGAAGAUAAAAUAUUCUUAGCUUGCUCAAGUCAAGUUGUAAGCAAAUCCGAACUGAACUCUGACAAUGUUUGCACAGCCGACUGGGGAAGAAAGAAGACGUUUCAUCUCAAUAAUAUCCAACUCGAGGAGGUGCAGCUAAAUAAGGACAUUUCGCUCAUCUUAAUCCCCGUUGAGCUACUGCACAAGCAAAGAGUGUUUUCACGGUUAAGGAAGAAUGAAUUCUUGUCGGAUCGACCUCAGCUCUGUAGCAAAUCGAGACCUGAGAAAAAUUGCAAGCUUUACUGUCACGUCGUUCGUGAGAUGGGGCUGCCAGGAGACACAUUUGAUCUUCAGUGUUAUUUGCUUAAGGUGGAUGAAAAUGGUUCUUACUACCUUCAAGUUCAUGGCAAUAAAGCUGAAUUGAAAAGUUUAGAAGACUUUGAUCGCUAUGAAUACCCAAUAGGGUCGGUUAUCCUGAACGACACAAGCGAAGUUGUGGGAUUUUUGGCCUUUGGGGAAAAGGAUGAGAUUCUUCCUCUGUUCAUUUUCCCAGAAGAUCAGCAAGGUAAGUUGAUGGUGUUAUCUUCAUUUCGGGGCCGUUUAACCUACUUUUAUUACCAAGUGACAUAGAUCUUCGACGAUCGCCUCACUUAAUUGUAACAACGUUGACAAAAUUAUGCACGAGGGUGAACAGAAAGCAUAACAGUCACGUUCAGUCACGUUGCGAAUUUUGCGGGAAAGUUUUUUGUUAAUAGGUUUUUACUUUUGCAGGUAAUGAGCACGUGCCUCAUGACAAGCUCACGGUGGAUCUACCUAAAGAUGUUGAUUCUACUGAAGUCACCGACGGAGGUACUGAAAAUGGGGAAAGGAUGCAGUUAGCUCAGAAAGAAGCCCAGAAAAAUGCCAUUAAGAGCCAGGAGGAUGACAUGUCAUCUGACAACAAUUUAAACACAAUUUGUGCCAUGGAAAAUGUUCCAAACAACAGUCCCUCAGACUCCUCGAAUUCUAGUGAAGACAGCAAUAUAUUAGCUGAAGUUACAGAUCAACACACCUUUGAGACUUGUCUACAAGAUCAAGACAAAGAUCUCCUAAAAAACACAGAAAUUUCGAGUGAUCUCAUGCGUCUCAUGAUUGAGAACCUACGUAAGUUCUAGUAUUUACUAAAGUUGGUUGGCUCUAAACUCAUUCAGCUAUAUAUAAGCUGAGAAUGUUGUUCAUGGAAAGAUCAAAAUCAGUUUUAAUAAAUGUAUACAGAAGGUACUUGAGUUAAGCCACGGGAUGAUUGUUCAUGUGUAAUUCUUUUCUUUUGGGCAACAAGCCUUGAGUAUUAUUGACUUCAGCUAAUUUACUAAAUGCUUUUUAAAAAAUAUAUUUAGAACCUGUUCCUUUCUCUUCCAUUAAGGAAAUCAAAUAAAAGCAAGCUAUCACACCAAUUAACAUACUUUGAAUUUUCUCAAGAUUGUUACAGAGUAUUAAGAGUAUAGGUUUUUACAAGAUUCUAAUACAAUAAAUUGUUGAUUGUUGUUUUAAUCAUCGUUAUCAUUAUUAUCGUUACAAAUUAUGUUAGGACAUGAAGACCAAAACAAUGUCAAUAUCAAGUCUGUUUUUCACUUUAUUGAAAUCCUUGUACAAAACAUCGUGGUUUAGACACCCUAUGCAAAUUAACUCAUCCUUUUUUACCAGCGAUUUCAGAUAGUAGCCAAAGAAGCCAACCAAUGGAAAUGUCUUUUCCAUCACAAAACAGUGGUAGCGUAGGAAUUCAAAUUGGUGGUGCUAAUGAUGAAGAAGAAUUUUGUUCAAUUUUACCUCCAUUAUGUGGGAAUGAAAGACCUUCAGCACAAGGACCCAGGGAUUCUGAAGAAACAAACCCUGAGACAGAUGAUGCACAUAAGGCAAAUAAGCGGCCAGUUCAGAGAAGUCAGAGUGAUCACAAUGCAGAGAGUUUAUCACAGGCAAAGAAAAGUCUCUUAAAGGUUCACUGUAUAGAAAAUGACCCAUCAUCAGGUAAUUAUUUAAAAAAAUUUAGUCAACAUUUGAAAAAAUACACCUUAAUUAGCUAUUGAGCUAAAAAAUAUUAUGUUAAAAUAUGUCAAGUAUAAAAAUACUUAAACUCUUCUAGUAUCCAAAAUUAUCUAUUAUAUCAUUAGGCAUUAAGGAAGUGGUCAAAACUGUACUUGACGACUGAUGACCCACCUUGACUAUGGCUGGUAGGGCUGUGCACAAUUUUAACUGAUUUAACUCCAACGUGCUUCACAAAUCAAUCCACAGGAAUUCAAAACUAGAAAAGAAAUAAAAGUAAAAGUAUUCUCACCACAAGGGAUGACAUAAAGGUAUUAAAAUGCAUUUAAAAAGUUGUUUUUCUUGUAAAGAAAAACACCUUGAGAAGUAUAAAAGUAAUACUGGCAAUACGCAACUGCAUGUAACUGUGUAGUUUGACAUGCUUUAACUGUGCAUGUGUUAAAACAUGCCUGAUCUCAUAAUUAUUCACUACCCUUAAUGACAUAUUUAGUGAAGUAACGCAUAAUGUUUUCAUAUAAAUAGCUAACCUUUCUAAAGGCAAAUCUUUGCUGAUGUCAUUGUUUACAUUUUUUGCUCAUUUAUUAAUAGCAUAUGAGUUAACCCAUAGAAGGCAUCACUGUAUGCACAAAUUAAAUUCAGGAACUCGUUGAUAGAGUUGGUUCAAUGUGUGCAAUUUUAACACAGAAUCCACCAGGAAAUUGAUUAAUUGUAAUUUUCAGUGGACAAGAAUUUUGCACCAGAAUAUUUAAAGAAUAUUCAUUUGCAUUCUUUUUCACAUAAUUUUUUCAAGGGCUAAAGAUGUAAUUAUUCAUCUCUGAGUCAGUAACACCAAAGAAAAUUUCUGAUGGGAGCCCGAGGAAAUGAAUUUCACAAAAUUACUUACCUGUGGUUCACAAUUCUUGUGAAAUCUGACAUUCAUUUUCUUGAACUCCCAUGAGAAAUUUUCUUUGGUGUUAUUACAGAUGACUUUAAAUUAAAUCUUUAGCCUUUGAAAAAUGUAACAAGAAUGCAAUGUUCUUUAAAUUUUUCUGGAACAAGGUUUUUGUCCACUGAAAGUUAAAAUUACUCAGUUUCCUGGUGGAUUCCAUCUUAAACUCUUUUCAAUCAAUAACACUGGAAAUAGCAGCCAUUGAAAACUUCCAAAUUCCUGGGACUGACAAAAAUGUUGAUGAGCCCAGAAAUUCUUUGGUAAGUUUCGAGGGUUUUUUUUGGAAAAUAAUUUCUCCAAAACUAUGUUAUAUCGGGGCUCAAAUUUUCCCAGACACAGUCAAACACCCCCUUUAUGGACACCCACUUAAUACGGUCACCUCAUUAUUACAGACAGUUUGCUUUGUCCCCGAGGGAAGUAAGCCCCUAUGCUGCCUGUAAAUUCAACCCACUUAAUAUGGACACCCCAUUAAUAAGGACACUUUCUAUGGCCCCCUCAGUGUCCAUAUUAAUGUGGUUUGACCGUACCUCACUGGUAUUUGUUAUGUUCUUUUGAUAUUCAGAGAGUUUAUUUUAAUAGCUUGAUCAGAGAAUAAAAAGGCAUAAUUAUGCUUAAAUGCCUCUAGCUGACCAUUAAACUCUGAUGCUCUGGUAAAAUGCUCACAAUACAUAAACCAAAGCUUAAAAGAUACAUGACCUGCCUUACCUCAUUUCGGGCUACUAUUAUGUGACCAUGUGUAAUAAUGUAUGAUUUCAGAACAACUAGUUGAAAGUAUUAUACUGGGCGAUGUGUAUGCAAUGGAUAUACUUAAAAGGCGUUUGGACACAAGUUAUAACAAGAAUAUUCAAAAUUGGCAACACUUGGCCUACCAUCAGAAUGUCCCACAAGAUAUGAUCUCGAAGCUGACAUGUCAGUCUCCAGCAAGCCGAUCCGAGUCAUUGUUCCAGUUGCUAGAAUCAACAAAUCCUGAUCUCCCCAUCGGAACACUGAAGUUUCACCUCAAUUCUCUAACAAAUAUGGGAAAUGUUGAGAAAUGCAUAAAUCAUCUUGAAGGUACAUAUCUAAAAUGCAGUGCCACGUUUAAAGUAAAAACAAAAAAAGGAACUUGAUAUUGUUCUAGGACAUCUCACUAAGUCCUGGUUAUCAAGCUUUCCCCUAUCCAAACACUUCUACUACAUGCAUAUAUACCCAGUAGCCAACUGAUCAAGAAUAAGACACCUGCAUGACUGAAAAUUAUUAGCUAAGCAUUUAUAUACAUAUAAGCGAUUAGGACCUUUCUCUGCCAUCAAUCCUGUUAGAUAGAUAGAUAAGAUAAGAACUUUGUUUUAGCACGAUAAAAAGAUCAGCAUUGCUGGUGGGGGGUCGUGCAUACAACAAUUAUUACAAGAAAAAUAAGGAGUACUGAAAGCAAAUGAAUGAUAAAAAAUUAAAAACUGUUAAAAAUGUUUGUAACCAAUAUUUCAGUUUUAGUUGUAGCUAAAGCAGGUUGUGAAAAAUAAUGUACAACUGAAAAUUAAAACUGUUAAAAGUAUUCGUAACCGAUAUCUCUAUUUUUAGUUGUAGCUAAAACUGGUUCGAAAUUCACAAUUUUACAAGACAGCAUUUAAAUUCUUUCAAGGUUUUGGCCCUUGUUUCCUUUUUCAUUAAAGUAUUCUAUGCGAUUGCUCCCCUAAAGCAUAUGGAGUUCCUGAUAAAACUUGUUUCUGGUCUUGGAAGAAUGAUGUUCUCAUUUCUUCUGCGUCCUGAAUUCCUCUGUAAAAACAAAUCUUUAAAUUCCGUGACAGUGUAACCUUUUAAACACAUGAAGACAAUCUCUGUUAGUUGCAGUUUGUACAUUGUUUCCAGACUAUCCCAUCCAGUUCGCAUUAAGACAUCUUCAGCGCUGUUGUCCCAUGGCAGCCCAUAUACAAUCCGUCCAGCCCCUGCAUGGAGUUUCUCCAGGUUGUUUAGGUGCGUCUUGUUGCAUGAUCCCCACACUGUCAGACUGUAUGUAACUGAUGGCAGUAUCACUUUUGUGUAGAAAUCUUCUAAUUACUUCUGAGGGAAGAAUCGCAUGUGUCGGAGUAGACUUAACUUGGAUGCGAAGGACUUUGAUACAUUUGCAGCAUGAUCUGACCAGGAAAACUUGUUAUCAACUUGUACUCCGAGGAGUCUUUCUCAGGUUGUCCACUUUAUGAUGUUGUUGCCAAGUGAAGAGCUUGGAUAGGGCCAGUAAAUGUUGAUUUGCGCUGCAUGAUCAUUGCUUUACAUUUUUCUGGGUGUGGUAUCAUCGCAUAUCUGUCACACCAUUCCUGGAGUUCAGCUAGAACAUUGUUUAGUGAGUUUGUUAGCAAAUCCAUUGUUUCUGCGAUACAGUAUAAUUAUUGUUGUGUCGUUUGCAUACAGAUAAGUUUCCGCGGAGUGUGGAGAUUUUGGGAGGUCGUUUGUGGAGAGGGAGAAUAAUGUGGGUCCAAGGACCAACCCUCGCAGCACUCCGUGAGUUAUAAUGUGUGUAUCAGAGUCGCAUCUGUUGAUUCUGACGAACUGUCUUCGUUCUGUAAGGUAGUUCUUUAACCACAGCCAGAUAUAUCUCCUCUGAUUCCAAGGUCAUUCAGCUUUUGUAGUGAUAUAUUGUGCGACACUGUGUCGAAAGCUUUAGUGAAAUCCACAAACAGUAUUCCCACAAAAAGCUUUCUUUCUACUGCUUCUCUCCACCUUUCAGUUAGGUUUAUUAAAAGCUGUUCUGUUAAUUAUUUCCCUUCCUAUAAGCCCAUUGUCAGUUAUCAAUUUUGUGUAACCACACGAUUAGUGAUAUUACAGGAUUCCAUUAAUUUACUUGGUAUACUGGGCAUAGACAGUGGUCUGUAACAUGUUCUGUCUUCCUCUCGUCCUUUUUUGAACACUGCACUGACUCUAGCUAUUUUCCACUGGUCUGGUGGCUUGCAGGCUUCAACAAUCUGUUUAGACACACUUGUGAGAGAUGGGGCUAUAAACAUACCUGCAUACUUUAAAAGACAUGCAGAUACGGCAUCUGGUCCCAUGGCUUUCUUCACUUUUAACUUACAGAUCUUUUCCUCGAUUUCUUUCUGACCAAUCGUGAUGCUGGUCAUAGUCGCCGUAUCCACAUUCUCAUGUCUACAAGCAAGUAAUGGCUGAAUUUCAUCUGCGGGGCCAAUCAAUUUUUCAGCAACUGUGCAGAAAUAAUAAUAUUGUUUAACAUAGUUGCCUUUUCAGUGUCAUCUGUUUAAGGGUUCCAUCGUCCUUCUUUAAUUGGUGGGCUUGUCUGUUUACUUUUGUUGUUCCUGAUGUUUUUUUCAGUAGUCUCCAGUAAGCAGCAGCGGAUUUUACUUCAUAGAAUAGAUUGGAGUAAUAACUGGCUGUGGCUUUUUUGUCAUUGUUGAUACUUUAUUUCUAAGUCUUCUAUAAUCAUCCCAUAGCAGUGGAUCAUUUAGCUGAUGCGCCCUUUUCAGAGUCUUGUAUCUUUGAUGCAUGGUUAUUCUGAUUUCCUUUCAUUGUUAUCCAAGGCAGGCUGUUACUGCGUACUUUAAUUUGCUUAAGUGGUGCAUGUUCGUUGCAUAAUUCUGUGAAGGGCAGGUUCCAUGCGUAAUAAACAUCAGUCGGAUCAUCAAAAACUUCGCAGACUUGAAAAGGCAUACUUGCAAUGCCACUUUGAAAGUUCCUUUUGUUGAAUUUGUUGAAGUUCCUGAUGGCCAUUAUUUUAGGCUGGUCUCUCAGGAUACGGGCUGAUAAGGUUGCAUAAAUCUGCAGGCAAGCAAAAUCACUGGCAAACUUCUGACAACUGAAAAAACGAUCAUUAUGGUGAAUAUUGCAUAGUUGUACAUUAUAUUGCUAAAAUUAUUUUUUUUCCCAACAAUAAUCAAAUAAUUUAAUAACAACAGAAUUUGAAGUUGAAAUUCUUAGGCUGAUGUUUUACCACAGAUAAAUAAAAGAUGAUGAUAAUAAUGCACUCUGACAAAAAUAGUUCAAAAACCACUUUACAACCUUAAUUGGGGUGAAACAGUCCCCCCAACCUUCCUCAUCAAAAAUAUAAAUAUGAUCAUAGCUGCCAUAGGGUGGCAUAUAAGAUACAAAAUUAUUUUAUUUUGAUCUCAUGUAGCCUCCCCACAGACGUCCGUUGGGGUUCGUUUGUCACGCAUUCAUUUGAAUGCGUGACAAACGAAUCCCAACAGACGUCUGCGGGGAGGCUAGAUCUCAUGCUCAAACUCUUGAAUUAUUGCUCAAUUGAUUUCUAGAAUUAUCAAAUGAUACAAUUGAGGCAUGUUUGGGCUACAAACAAAAAAUUAUUUUAUUACAAAAAAAGAGUUCUUGCUUCCCAAAAAUAUUGAAAGAAAUUUGACCAAACGUGACGAGAGUAUAGAAACUUAGGUAAAAAAAAUAAAAUAAUGAAACAAAACCAUGGGAAAACGUAGAGAUAGAGUAGUAGUACUGACAUCACUAUACUGCACUACCGAAGUGGUGUUAGACAUAGUGGUCGACAGUGUUCUCAAUAAAAAUACUAUAAGCCAUAAAAUCAGCAACUUGUGUGUAUGUAGACAAGGGUAGGGAUUGAUACACUUGAUAGGCCUUGGAGCACUAAUCCUCAUGCAACUUAAUGAGGAGAUCCAGACCACCAGCUUGGUAGGCAUAAGUAGCCCUCCCCCCCAACUCCCGGCAAAAACUACGUGGAUCUAGUAGUUCACUGUAUUCAGGCCUAAACUGCCACUGUGUAACAUGAGGGCAAUGGUAAUGUAUCUAGAAGUGAGGGGUGUGAGACCAAAACCAUGGGCAGUGGGAAGGCAGCUGAAGAACGGUGCAUCAGGAGGUGCUGGAACCAAGGUGAAAUAGCGAUGAAUAGGGGAAACAGGGCAGAGUGGUGAGUUGGGAAUGCUAGGAAGGGGAAUGAUGUGGAUGCCCUAUUUGUGUUGACGUGUUUUGGACCAUUCAACCCAAAGGACAACACCUGAGGCUGUAAACUUGAUAUCAUGCUGAGAGAGAUGCAGAUCGCUGUAGCUGCCAUCGGGCGGCAUAAGAUGCAAAAUUAUUUUAUAGCAUUUUUUUCUUGUUGCUUUCUUUAGAUCACAAGAAAAUUGAUGAGGUGUUGCAAAAAGGAAUGAUUCCUGGGAGGUUUUUCAUCCUCCUGGAUCACAAACAAGAUGAACAUUGGAAAAAUUUAGGCCGCCGUCUUGGCAUUGAUGAUAAAGACCUUACAGGAAUAAUGACUGACUGUGCAGCUCAACACAAAAAUCCUGCCAAAGAAGUGAUAGACUAUCUAUGUGCAAAACACCCAAAUAUGCCCAUCAGUGAUUUCAAGAUGUACUUGGGCUGUGAUACUGGUAUAAAAAGGAAGGAUAUAAUCAAGGAAUUGGACAGCCAACCAGGUAUUUAUACCAUUGAUAUGUGUCAUAAAGUUAUAAACACCGUGAACUUGUCCCAGGUGAGGGGGCAACCUAUGAAUCUUUUGCACAGGUGUGCACUGCAAAGAUCCUGGAACCCUAACUAUACCAGACAAGGGUAAAGGCAGUCAAGCUGCCAGCACUGAAUUCUGGCUUUAUGUAUGGUGUGGUCUCAUUCACUCAGAAACCCUUCCAGUCCUUCCAGCUAAUCCAGCAAGGCCAACCACAUGCUGGUAAAGUCAGACCACCCCUAUUCUUUAUGAACAGUGGGUGGGUUCUUCAAUGUCCCAUAGAAUAGGUUUGGGCAACAUGGCCUGUAGUUCAGCAACCUUUUCUGAGUAGAGUAGAACAAUCCUGACCAUUCAAAUGCAGAUGUCAUAACAAGGCAGCACUUUCUUCACAGUUGUUUAAAGAGCCUGGUGUUGGUCAAGCAGAUGUUUUACAUGAUGGCCUCCCCCUUUUAAUAGCAGACCAGCACUUCAGAGUUGUCAAUAAGGGCUAAUAGCCAGCCAAAACCGCUGGCUAGUUAGCCAUCCUUAGCCGGCUACUUUCAUCUCCUUCUACCAUAACUGCUAACAAAAAAUAAGCACCAUCAAUAAAAUGUAAAGCAUCUGUUUCCCAGUUUUGAAGGACAUUGAACGCAUAUUUAAACAGGUUAGAUCUGUGAAACCUUCGAAUCGUGUGAUGUCUUGGAAUGCCUGGGACAUUUCGACGGCAUUGUUCCCAGUCUUGGAUGUAUUCUGACAAAACAACAAUGGCAUCCGUGGUGGAAAAAUACCUCUUGAAACGCCAUUUCCGAGACUCUAAUUUUCAAAAUGUCCCUAGAUGCCUUGGCCCUCAAGAUCUAGAACUUGUGCCUUUGGUGAGAGUUCCGAAGCUGCCUACCAUUUGUUAUCAGCCUGCUAUUUAAAACUUCUUGACAGCCCUGGCACCUAUCCAACUGAGCUCACUAGGUAGCAUGCAGAUGAAGGCAUUGCAUGUUUAGGUUCUAAGUGUAGUUACUAAAACAAGGGAUGACCUACAGUGUACAAUGAGCUACAAUGAGCUACAAUGAGCUACAAUAAGCUACAAUGACCAGGGACCGCGGAGGGGGAGGGGCUGGUAGGGCUAUAGCCCUACCACUUUUAUUGCUUGGAUUUAUUAUCUAGCGCUCCAGUUGACAUGGAAAAAGUAUGGAUUUUUCAACUUGAAAGUAAUAAAUGGCGUCUAGUCUCGCAUAUUUGCCUCACAUCAAAGGCUCGGAUGUCACAAACGAGACGCUCACAAAAAUGCGCACUGAUCAGAGCUUUGACCAUUGCUCGCCUGGUUGGCGAACCGACGCUCCUAAGAAAGCGACGCGCUCCGGCCAGACUGGAGGUUGGUGUUGGUGCACCUAAGCUAUUUUUCCAAACUGCUAAAGAUCACUUUUAAGAAAGGUCUAUUACGAGGCUAUUGAUCUUAUCGUCAGUGCCUUCGAUCAGCGCUUUAAUCAGGAAAGCUUCAGCUCCUACGCCCAGAUGGAGACUUUCUUGGUUAAAGCUGGUAAUGGUGACGACUAUGAGGCAGAGUUCAAGAUUCUUGAGGCAUCAUACAGCAAAGAUGUUGAUAGCCUGCGAACGGUAGACGUUUCUCCUUGCGACACGUCCCUCAGCGGCGAUGAGCGAGGAGAAACGUCUGCCGUUCGCAGGCUAAAAUGUUGAUACAUGGGCGCUACCUGGACAACUAAGCAUUUUGGAAGAUAUGUUAAAUGAAGAGAAGACAUCGUGUUUUGACGAAAUCCUGUUGGCAGUGUCAAAGUUUCCAGAAGCAGAACAAAAUAUCUGUAAGCUGCUUGCUGUAAAUCCUGCUACCAGCGCUACUAUACUGGGGAGCGUUUAUUCUCAUCUGCACGGCCAUAGGAUGGAUCGCGAAAGGUUUAGCAACCUAGUAAUGAACAGACAGUGUCUCUAUAGGGUUGCACAGGAGUUUCUUUCCCGCAAUGAGAACCGCAACUUCAACAAGUAGCAAUCUUAAGUAGGUUUAUUUAACAUAUUGACUAUAUUGGAUAGUAUAGCACGUGUGGACCUUCAUGUUACAUUCAUUAAGGCUGUAAAUAGGAUGGCGCGCAAGUGCAAUUUAAGUGGCGAAACGCACACCUUAAUGUUUUCUUGUACUGGCCAGAUUUUUUAGCCCUACCACUUUAAAAUGGUCUCCGUGGUCCAUGAUGACCUACAAUGGCCGAAUGUGGGGACCUUAAAAUAAGGUGACAGUCCCUGCAAUGAGAAAAGAUGAAGAUAAGAAAAAGACAGAAAAAGAUCAGGGGACCAAGUUUGACGAGUAGCGGUAUUAGAUGUGUGUUUUUAACAUUAUGGUGAAGACUGCGUCCUGCAUCCCUGAUGCAAAAAAAUCCAUAAAGACACAAAUUAAUUCAUGGCAUGCGUCCUGUAGGACACAAAGAACAAUAAAUCUAUUUGAAGAUUUUUUGGUAGAAUAUCCUGUUCGUGUGAUUUCUGUGGCUGUUAUUUAAAGAUGCAUAUUUAUUUUAGUCUUUUUCUGUGCUUUAAAUAUAUAGAAGGAUGAUAUUUUAAUUUCAGCAAACUGUAAAAAGAAAUUUGGAGUCUGUCUGCAUGUAGAUUAACAGUGUCUCGUUACAUAAAGGCCCAGCAUUUUUAAUUUAGGAAUCCUUGUUUUUCUGAACUGGGACUUAUUGGUUAUGUAUAGAGGUAACAAAAUCAUUGUACUUUUAGUCUACUGCAUGACAGCCCAAAUGAUGACAACAACUCUGAAAUUUAUUACACUUGUAGAUAAAUUCAAUAAUUCAUUAAAUGAUGAUGUUAAAAACUAAUCCACAAAUUUCCUCAGUAACAUGGUUUUGAUUGGUUCAAGGUGUUAAACUUCUACUCAGUAACAAGAUUUUUGGUUUAGAGUGCAAAAUGAAAAGUUUCAACGUGCUCAGCAACAAGGUUUUGAUUGGUCAAGCAAAAGAUUUACUCAUGCAAGCUGCACAGAAUAAAAUUUGCACUGAGAAGAUAAUGCAUAUUAAGUAACAAGUUAUAAUUAUGCUCCUUCUUCCUGUGUGAAGUUCAGAUAGCUAAAAUCUAUUUUGAGUCAUUUGUCGAUACAAGGUACUAACGUUACACAAAAAUGCUACUACAAUAAUAUCAUUUUGAAAAACCUGCCAUUUCUUAAGUUACCUGAGAUCGGGCCCUAUUUUUGUUUAUCCUUAAUCGCAGACGUAAUUUAACCUCGGUUAGUAACGUCUGCAAAGCAGACUGAACAAAUUAGUGGAAAUGUGUUUUGAAUUUCCUUUCAUUUUGAUUUGUAAGUCAACAAUGGCUUUUUUACCAGACCAAUAAUGGCGCACACUCAAAUCCUGGUACACUGGUGGGGGCCUAAAACAAGGAUUUCAGUGCUGUUUCGCAGACGGACUUAACCAGAGUUUAGUUUCAUCUGUGACGCAGGCUUAUUUGAAAAGGGGUUGGCAAGUUUCCUUUAAAAUUAUGAGCCCAGUGUCAUGUCCAAGCAUGAUGUUUGUGUUGCGUUUAGGGAAACAAUCUGGCCCCACACGACACACAUCAUUAAUGUUAAGUUAAUAAUAAUAAUAAAAUCAUCGUCAUCAUAAUAAAGGAUAAAGAAUCAUUGUCUGUAAUUUUUGUAGUUCUUUGUAGGAAAUUGUAGUUGUAGUUUAUUGUACCUAUACGGGUAUGUGUGGCCCAAAGGGGUCGUGAUUUUGAAGCUUCUGAUUUAGAACGGGGUAUCCAUUUCAGAGGCGUUUUCUAGAAUGGGAUAUAAUAUUUCGAACGCAUCAAAGCUCCACUUUUGUAUACAGCCAUUUGAAAACAUUCAAGGACAGACUGCUUUUAAAAAUACAGUUCAGUGCGUUAACAGGCAAACUGUUGUACUCUUGUUGCACCCUACAACGGAGUAUAAAAAAUUGGCCCAUUUCUAGAACGGGGUAUCAGUUUUAGGGCGAAUUGUAGAAGGGGGUAUAAAAAAUAGGCCCAUUUCUAGAACGGGGUAUCAAUUUUAGGGGAAAUUUUUUCUAGAACGGGGUGCCAAUUUGGAGUCCCUGGUGGCACAUACCCACCCAAAAAAUACCCAAGUGCCCCCCCCCCCCGGGAUUGUAGCUCACUGUAGGUAAUUGUAACUGAUGAUUGUAAUAAAUUUAUUGUAAGUCUUUGUAGCUAAUUGUAGGUCGCUGCAAUGUAGCUCAUUCCUAUUUUGACUAGGUAGGCAUUUAAGAAUCAAGGCUGCUCCUGUCAGCUAUUGUUAAAAACAGCAUUACUUCUGAAACUGAAUGAGGACAGAAAAAGUAAAACAUAAGAAGAGGGGUGGAAUAUGCUGACUCAAGAACUAACUAAGCCAUCACGUACCCGUAGCUUUUAGACUAGCUAGACUAUUUGUAUGCGCAUAUGAAGAUAUUAUACUUACUUUAAUUUAUUUGAUUGACCUAUUGCUUUUCGUUUCGUGUUACAUAUUCUACGUGUAUACGAACAUUUUACAGAACGGUUAACUUGCAAAAGCCAGGAAUUGAAAUGCAAACCAAAGUCAGCAUAGACCUGUUGAAGUUAGAAUGUAGGGUUAAAAGUUACAAAAUCCGUUGUGUAGUUCUUACUUGUGCAUCCGCCAAGGUCACAUAUUCCCCAAAAUGACGGUCAAGAACCAGGGCCAUAACGCCUGAGGCAACCAACCGACCGCAAGUAACCGCAAAGUGAGCAAAGUGAGCAAAGUGAGCAAAGUGAGCAAAGUUGAGCAAAGUGAGCAAAGUGAGCAAAGUGAGCUUGCGGAAACGAGCGCUGGCUUCAAACUCGUUCCCAGGGUCCUCUGGCAUGCGGAGGGAGCUUGGGAGGGAGCAGACGUCGAUAAGGUCAGGGAACAGGAGGGCAUCGGAAGGAAGAGAAACGGAGGGGGAUUUCCCUAUCACACUUUUCUCCCCUUCCCCACAGUCCAGUCUUCCCCUAUUUGAGGAGAAUGUGCUCAGUAAAAUAUGUAAGCCGCUGCUUCACAGCACCUUCACUGAUCUGCCAUAAAGAGUAGGAGAAAUGAUGGUUUGCUACAUGCAGAUAGUGCCGGGGACGGCGCAAAGUCAGUAAAGUGAGCAGGAACAAACUGCGACUUUCUUUCCCCCUUUUUCUCGUCCGUUCUCCAUUUUGUUUUACUCGCUGACUAUCUAAACUCCUGAAAAGGGCAAUGGGCGGUGUGGGUGAAAAUUAAGGGUUGCCGGUGUCACAGCGUUUUGGGCAUCCCCGCGUUUUGGGCAUCCCCAUUCCCAAAUCCCUAGCGUUUUGGGCAUCCCCUUCUCAUAUUACUGCAGCGUUUUGGGCAUCCCCCGGUACCCUCCCGGGAUGCCCAAAUCGCUAGUGUUUUGGUCAUCCCUUCCAAAAAAAUGCUGGAUUUCGCGGGAAAAUCGAAAACGUUUUAGAGAUGGCUUCCGCUAAAUAUAGAAAUCUUUUCCAGUAUCUUAAAAAGAAGGCUUAUCCGGAAGGCUUUACAAAGCAAAAAAAACCAACUCUGCGAAAUUUGCCAAAAAGUUCGAGUAUGACUCAAAAUUAGAGUCCUUGUUCUAGGUGGCCAAGGAGAAGGAUGGCACAGCGCUUCGACGAAUUGUUCACCGAGGAAGAGAAAGCGAGGGUCUUCGAAGAGUGCCACUCUGCUCCUUUUUCUGGACACGCCGGCCGCGAUAAUACUUUUGCACCCUGUGAAGGUUGUUCCCAAGGUGUGGUACUCGGUCGGAAUUGAUUUAAUAGAAGCCCUAGCCUGUUCCAGGCGUUCAGAUAGUGGGGAGCGGUGCGAAGUAAAAAGGAGCGCGAAAAAAUAAAAGCAAGGGAGGAGGAGAGGUGAGAGAGGGAACCGCACCUCUCUCCCCAGUCCCCCUCUACUUUUCAUCGCUUUUUUCACUCUGCACCGCUCCACUAUCUGAACGCUUGGAACAGGCUAUAGAAGCCCCUACUAUAAAACGGCAACAGAUUUCUUCUGUCCCGUAGGUGCAAGAGGCGUCUGUAUAAAUUGUGUGACAACCUUUUGUGUGUCAAGUAGCGCUGCGGGGUUAAGUUGUACAGGCCUCAAAUGUCAUGCAUACUAUGAAUUUAACACCGCAAAACGCAGUUUUAUUCAUGUUUGUCUUUUGAUUUUUUUGUUUAGUAUUCUUGUUUUUGGCUGUUUUGCCCAAAACGCUAGGGAUUUGGGAAUGGGGAUGCCCAAAAAGCUGUGACACCGGUCAGUUAUAACUCAAGUCACCGCUCCUGCCAGCAAUAAAUUCAGUUCUGUAUAUGAAUAUAACCAGAUCCUUCACUGACCAAGCUUGUACAUUCAAGAUGGCUCGAUACUUUCCUUUCUCGCUUUUUUAUAGACUUUUGUUAGCCAAACCCCAGCCAUCUUGUUCGAACAAGAGUAGCCCAUGGUAGCCAGUACGCGUUUAAUACGCAGUAUUCUCUUGCAAAUAUGCGUCAUUGUAGCUAACCAGUUCGGUUUUAAUUUCCACUUUUAACAGGUUUGAAAACAUUGACAGACCUACAAGAUAAUUUGGAGUUAAUGCGAGAGGUGACAUGUAUGCUGAAUAGCGCGGAUAAUUCCCGAAAGCAAAACUAUUUAGAUCUCGCAAGAAAAUGUGAUAUUCCCCCUGAGGUGUACAGAAGUAUACAGCCACCCUGUUCCGAGAGCCCAACUAAACAGGUCUUAGAAGACAUCGUUGGACGAAAGCCAUUGUACACUGUUCAAGAGCUGUUCUCUGAUUUGAAGGCAAUAGACCGCUCAGAUGUUGUAGAAGCUAUUUGCCGUCAUUUUGUCAUUUUG